UUGUUGUUGUCUGUGCAGUGAUAAACACUCCCAAUACUACUUUUUUUCUUCUUUCCCUUAUUUCCACCAAAUUUCCUUCCACUAACCCAACAGAUAAACAAUACCAAACUCCAACAUAUACUCUCAUUUCAUUUCUACCUUUUUUAUUCUCUUUACUUGAGUUCACUUGUUCUUUCCUCUCCUAUAUUAUUAUUCUCUUCCACCUGAACUGAACAACACAAAAAAAUAUACUACAUGAUAUUCAUAUUAUUAUAGUAGUAGAAGCUAAUCACUCUUUACAAAGCAGACACACACAGUUAGAAACAUAAUAAAAACAAGAACAUGAACAUGCUCAGGUAUGAAUACACAACCACUUUACUACUCUUGUUUUUGUUCUGUCCUAUGGUUUUGUCUUUGCUGUCUCAAAACCAAACAAACACCAUGACCACUCUCUCCAAUCUUCUUAGCAUCCCUGGUUGGAAUAUCACCAUACAAUCCAAUCCAUGUACAUGGAAAGGUGUCACUUGUGAUCUUACCAAUUCAUCUGUCAUUAUGAUUGAUGUUUCUAAGAACCAACUGAGCUCUAUCCCAGAUGGGUUUAUUUCUGCAUGUGGAAAAAUUGAGAGUUUAAAGCUUUUAAAUUUCAGUGGAAAUGUGUUAAGUGGUUUUUUGCCUCCUUUUCAUGGUUUUCCUGAAUUGGAAACACUUGACAUGUCUUUCAAUAAUUUGAGCGGAAACAUUAGUAUGCAGUUAGAUGGAAUGGUUAGUCUCAAGAGUUUGGAUCUCAGUUACAAUAACUUCAUUGGAAAAAUUCCUACUAAACUUGGAAGCUCCAUGGUUUUGGAGGAGCUUGUGCUUUCAAACAAUAGUUUUCAAGGAACAAUCCCUGAUCAAAUUUUGAGCUACAAAAAUUUGACUAUGAUUGAUUUUAAGUCAAAUAACCUUUCAGGGUCUAUUCCUUUAGAUAUUGGAAAUCUUUCCAGAUUGAAGACUUUGAGUCUUUCCUCUAAUAGUCUUGGUGGCAAAAUUCCAAUGUCACUCGUGAAUAUCACAACACUAGUAAGAUUUGCAGCUAAUCUAAAUAGUUUUACUGGUGCUAUUCCUCUUGGAAUUACAAAAUUCCUCAGUUAUUUGGAUCUUAGUUAUAAUGAUUUGUCCGGGUCAAUUCCAGAAGGCCUUUUAUCUCCAUCACAGAUAGUGCUAGUAGAUUUGUCCAAUAACAUGUUAAAAGGGCCUGUACCUAGAAAUAUUUCUCCUAGUUUAGUCAGGUUGAGAUUGGGGGAAAACUUCUUGACAGGAGAGGUUCCUUCAGGUACUUGCGGUGAAGCCGGACAUGGUUUGACAUAUAUGGAGCUGGAAAAAAAUAAUUUGACAGGUUUAAUACCUCCUGGAUUAAGUUCUUGUAAGAAAUUGGCCUUGUUGAAUUUGGCUGAUAACCAAUUGACUGGUGCAUUGCCACCAGAACUUGGUAAUCUUAGCAAUCUUCAAGUCCUUAAACUUCAAAUGAACAAGCUUAAUGGUACUAUUCCAAUUCAAAUUUCACAACUGCAACAGUUGUCUACCCUGAAUUUGAGCCUGAAUUCUCUGCAUGGACCAAUUCCAUCUGAGAUGUCAAACAGCCUUGUACUUCUUGACUUGCAAGGGAACAAUCUCAACGGGUCUAUACCGUCGUCCAUUGGAAACUUGGGAAAACUUAUGGAAGUCCAACUUGGAGAAAAUAAGUUAAGUGGGGAUAUUCCAAAAAUGCCUUUGAAUCUACAGAUUGCAUUGAAUCUCAGCAGCAAUCAGUUUAGUGGAGCUAUUCCUAGUAGUUUUGCUGAUUUGGUUAACCUAGAAAUUUUGGACCUCUCAAAUAACAGCUUCUCCGGUGAGAUUCCUCCGUCUCUAACUAAAAUGGUUGCAUUGACACAGUUGCAACUUUCAAACAAUCAUCUAUCAGGUGUUCUUCCAGCAUUUGGUUCAUACGUUAAAGUUGAUAUAGGAGGAAACAAUGUCAGAAACAGUAGUAAUGUCUCACCCGACAAUUGUCCAAGAACAAAAGAGAAAGGGAAAUCUGUUGUUGCCGCUGUUCUUAUUGCAAUUGCUGCUGCUAUUUUUCUGGUUGGCAUGGUCACCCUGCUGGUUGUAUUGAUCUCACGACACUAUUGCAAGGUUAACGAUGAACGAGUACAGUCAAGUGAAGGUGAAAAUCUUGACCUUCCUCAGGUCCUUCAGAGUAAUUUGUUAACACCAAAUGGAAUCCACAGAUCAAACAUUGAUUUGUCUAAGGCCAUGGAAGCUGUUGCCGAAACGUCAAACGUUACUCUGAAAACCAAGUUUUCAACUUACUAUAAGGCUGUCAUGCCAUCUGGUUCAAUCUACUUCGCCAAGAAGCUGAACUGGUGUGACAAGGUAUUUCCAGUGAGUAGUCUUGAUAAAUUUGGGAAAGAGCUAGAUGCAUUGGCAAAGUUGAACAAUUCAAAUGUGAUGAUUCCUCUAGGCUAUAUUGUGUCCACUAACAAUGCUUAUACAUUAUACGAGUUUCUAUCGAAUGGCUCUCUCUUUGAUAUACUUCAUGGAAGCAUGGAAAACUCUUUAGAUUGGGCGAGCAGAUAUAGUAUAGCUGUUGGUGUGGCUCAAGGUAUGUCUUUCCUGCAUGGAUUUUCCUCUGGUCCAAUACUUCUCCUUGAUUUAUCAAGUAAAAGUAUUAUGCUGAAAUCACUCAAGGAGCCUCUGGUUGGUGAUAUUGAACACUACAAGUUGAUCGAUCCUUCAAAGAGUACUGGGAGUUUUUCUGCAGUUGCUGGUUCUGUUGGUUACAUUCCUCCAGAAUAUGCAUACACAAUGAGAGUAACGAUGGCAGGGAAUGUGUAUAGCUUUGGUGUCAUUCUACUAGAGUUGCUAACAGGCAGACCUGCAGUAACUGAGGGAACUGAAUUGGUGAAGUGGGUUUUACGUAAUUCAAGAAAUCAUGAUAUCAUUCUUGAUUUGAACGUUAGUAGAACAUCACAGGCUGUUAGAAACCAAAUGCUUGCAAUUCUGGAGAUUGCUCUUGUUUGUGUAAGCUCAUCCUCUGAUACAAGACCAAAGAUGAAGACUGUGCUACGGAUGUUGCUGAAUGCCAGAUAAAAUCACACUCUCGAGGGCUAAAUUGGAUCUACAUAGAUUUUGUUUUGCGUGGUGUAUUGAAUUUAUACAAAGAAGAUGUAAGACAUCAAAUAGGACGAAUUUUGCACAAUCCGUCUAUGGUGCUGUAUAAAUUAUGCUUUUCUUGCUAAUCACGGUAUUGCAGUCAUGUAAAAGCGAACUAGUUUGCUAGUCACGAUAUUUAGCUCAUAUGGUCAUAUGUAUAAUUAAUACUUUUAAAAUUUUGUUGUAAAUAUAAAGAUAGUAUACAUUUUGUUUAGGAUCUGA